AAUUCACCGCUGCUCUGAUUUCUUCCUCCUCCCUUCGACACCCCCAUCGUUAUCCAGUCCAUCCACGCACUCGCUCGUUCUGGCAGGCUCACGCGAAUUCCAACCAGCGCUUGGACGAAAACGGCUAGCCUGCCGAUUCACUCGUGGGCGAAUGAGGCAAUUGAAGUCAUUGCUGCCAUUAUACCAGCCAUUUGAGCCUUGAACAGCGUCGUACACCAAAUUUUGAUAACUACCCCUGCGCAGCACGCGGCUUGAGAGUGCACCGCAAGCCAUGUCCUCGACUACCAAGCCUGACCUGGCCAAGGUGGCAGGACCGGAAUCGAUGGCGAAACCUGAGCCGACCGCCCAAAGCUCCACCGCUCAAGAUGGCGCCGCAUCUGCACAGCCGAAGAAGAAGAAGCAUCGCGCGGGCAGGCACAAGAAGAAGAAUAAGAGAAGCAAUUUCGGCCAGUCGGCAGACCUACGAGCGGAAGAGGCGUUGGAUACGGGAGAGAGGCAGGGUGGUAUUCCUGCGGGGGCGUUCUAUCGCUUGCAGAAUCGCAGUCACAGUCAGAGCAGUUUGGAGAGUGAGGCUCUGCUGGAUCAUCGUGGCUCGACUCCGCGACGGCCUCGAAGAGAGAGUCUACAGCAGACGGGCUUCACGCGGCCCAGUCUGCCCUACGCUCGCAAUCGCGGAACAGCAAUGUCGGGUGCUCUGGGGGGAGGGCAUCGGUCUUCAAGACUCGCUCAUGCUACUGGCGUUGCUAUCAGCGAUGAUGGCGACGACGACGAGGGUCAGCCCACCGAUCAUACUCCGCUGCUUUCGAGGUCUCGCAAUCAAUCCCGUCCGGAAGUCUCCCGCGCUGGCUCGGGACACUAUGGCUCUACACCUUAUCGAGGCCGGAGGUCCUCCGUUCACUCGCAUGCAUCUUCGCGCAAGCGGAUCGUGGCCACAAGUCAUCUGCAGCCGACUAUGGAAAGCGACGACGAGUACGACGUGAACAAUCCUCCCUCUGUGCCAACCUCUCCACGCCUGGGUUCUCUCGACGAUCUGAUGAUCAAUGUCAAUGACAUCCCCGGGAGUCAUUCCGAGCGUGGCCGCGAUGCAGUCAUCGACAUUGACGAGGAUGACCGCCGCUACUCUGGGAGCUCUUCAGAGGCAAUGAGAAGAAGAUCCACUGUGGCCGAUCUCGCUGAGAGGGAUGUCUGCUUCCCCGGAGACGCUGGCCUAUCUGAGGAUGGGGGAGAUGGAGAUGACCACCAUUCCAUGACCGGAUCAGGCCAGCAAGGCCGGCGGCGCACGCGUCCGGGUCAAUGGCCCGACCUAGACGUGCUGCAUGAUUGGAGUCGCGAGGAAAAGGAAGAGCGGACAGCGCAGGAGCACAUCCGAGCCAAGAAGAUCAAUGAGCCGGUCAUGGUUGGUGGCCGUCUACGUCCGGGCAAGACGGCGUGGCAUCGGGAGGAGGACGAGCCGUUCCGCUUCACUUACUUCAACGAGAUGUUUGAUGGUACCAUACAUGCCCGUACGAUCAGUGAUCUUCUACAGGACGGCGCAACGUUCAGAGAUCUUUUCAUCCCUGAUCAUAUCGAGCUGCAAGAGGAUAGCGAGGGGGAGGAAGAGGGGGAUGACAACGCACUCGUUCGCCCGGUCUUGGACAAGCAUGCUUCGAUCCACACUCAUGCCUCGAUCCACACUCCGUCAGUCGCAGGAGACCAUCUCUCUCGACAGCCCUCCGUAUUGAGCGACGCAGAGGCUUUGCGCUCUCCCGGAGGCAGCAAACCUCCAACGAGGACCAGCACGCCAACUGGCAAGGAUUCCGAGGCGCCCACUCCGACACCCUACUCCAAACCUCCAAGAUACGGUCCGCGGCCGACAUUCUGGCUGGAUGUGUUGCAGCCGACGGAGACGGAGAUGAAAGUGCUGUCCAAAGCUUUCGGCAUCCACCAGCUUACCACCGAGGACAUUCUCAUGCAGGAGCAGCGGGAGAAGGUGGAGCUGUUCGCAUCCUACUACUUCCUGAACUAUCGGUCCUUUGAGCAAGACAAGGAAAGCGAGGACUACAUGGAUCCCGUCAACUUCUACGCCGUCGUCUUCCGAGACGGCAUCAUCACCUUCCACCACUCGCAAACCCCGCAUCCGGCCAACGUCAGGCGACGCAUUCGCCAACUGAAUGACUACAUGUCGCCCACCGCCGACUGGAUCAGCUAUGCCCUCAUCGACGACAUCACCGACGUGUAUGGCCCACGUGUAUCGACGAUUGAGGAGGAAGUGGACGAGAUCGACGAGGAGAUUCUCUACCUGCACGUCACCUCCGCCGACGAUGCCGAGGGUAUCAACCAGAACAAGAAGCCCGCGAAGCCCGAACGAAAGAGCUUCUGGAAGCGCUGGCCGUUCAAUUCCACCAAUCAAUACGACAAGGGCGACGAUACUGACAACAAGUUCAAGAGCGGCGGCGACAUCCUUCGACAGGUCGGCGAGUGCCGCAAGAAAGUGAUGGGCUUGUACCGUCUGCUCGGCAACAAGGCAGACGUCAUCAAGGGUUUCGCGAAGCGAUGCAACGAGAAUUGGGAGGUGGCUCCGCGGAGCGAAAUCGGCCUCUACCUCGGCGAUAUCCAAGAUCAUAUCGUGACCAUGAAUAAUAAUCUGUCGCAUUAUGAGAGCCUCCUCAGUCGCGCCCACAGCAAUUACGUCGCGCAAAUCAACAUCCGCAUGAACGAGCGCGCGGAACAAAACGCGGACAUUCUCGGCAAGCUCACCGUCAUCGGCACCAUUGUGCUACCCAUGAACAUCAUCACGGGCAUGUGGGGCAUGAACGUGUACGUGCCGGGGCAGGUGGAGUACAAGGAGGAUCUGACGUGGUUUACGUGCAUUACGGCCGGCCUGCUCCUGUUUGGCGUUACUUGCUACUUCAUUGCGAAGAAGGCUUACGGGAUUGUUUGAGAGAUGUUGGGAUUUACGUACAUGUGGUGUGCAUGGUUGGGGCGUAUGCACAUCGAGCUUGUUGGGACGAGCUGCAAUGAUACACAUAAUACCUUGCACAAGAA